AUGAUGUUCUUUAAUGGUGCCUCGGACCCCGUACUUUGUCGCUCUUUUCCAACUUAUUUAGAUGGUGCUGCUUUACUCUGGUUUUCAAAAAUCCCUGCAGGUUCCAUCUCUAGCUUCGAGGAUCUGGUGAGGUCCUUCAUUGACUAUUUCUCAGCCUCGAGAAUAUAUGUCCACGGGUCGGACUACCUCAGCACCAUCAAACAAGGACAACACAAAAGUUUAAAGGACUACAUGACCAGAUUCACCAAAGUAACCGUGGAAAUACCCGACCUUGACCCCAAGGUACACCUCUACGCACUGAAGAGCGGCCUAAGACCAGGCAAAUUCAAAGAAACAAUAACAGUGACAAAGCCAAAGACCUUGGAGGAAUUCCGCAAAAAAGCAGCGAGACAAAUGGAAAUCGAAGAGCUCAGGAAAGCUCGGCGAGCAGAAAGACCACAACUUCAGCGAGAGGACGAGAAACACCCCAAGACUCCAAAUCAGAAGGACAAUAGGAAGCCUAUCAAACUAACACCAAAAUAUGACGCCUACACUCAAUUCAACACAAAAGAAAAGAAAUCAUCAAAGAAAUUCUGA